AUGGGUUACGCCGCACUUGGAGUUGGACUGCCGUUGGCCGCUGCUCAUCUCGACGACCUGUAUAAUCAACAAACUCCUCCGGCUAACACUUACAAAUGGCGCUUGUUUAUCUUACGAUGGCACUCGAUUCUCCGGUUUCCAUUUGCCUUUCUUGAAUUCCCCGAUUACUUUCUCUGUUGGCAGUAUCAACCAUCAACGCCAACCUUACAGUGCCUCUUGGAACAAGCCCUAACUCGAGUUACAAAGCUAGAACGUAAGGAUCUGUGUGCAGUCGGUGUAAGUAGAACCGACGCCGGAGUUUAUGCCUUCGACCAGGUGGCACAGUUUGUUACACCAUUUAAUUACAAGGAUCUGCAUGACAUGCACGCAACACUGAAUGGUCUUCUUCCUCUUGAUGUUCGAAUUCGAGAAAUCAACCCUGCACUCCUCGACUUCCAUGCUCGUUUUUCAGUCACCGGAAGGAUCUACCAUUACAAGAUUUAUAACGACACUGUCUUGGACCUAUUCCAUCGUCUCUAUGCUUAUCAUAAACUUUCCGAACUCAAUGUAUUUGUCAUGAAAGAAGCAGCCAAGUAUUUUGUAGGGCAACAUGAUUUUUCUUCUUUCGCCAAUAAACAAUGCAAUGAUCGCGUAGUCAAUCCAGGACCCAUUUUGCAGGUUGAAGUUAAAGAGGAGAUUUCGGAUUUUGCAGCCAUUAUUGAAGGUGGGAGUCGAAUAGGAGGUAGGAUUAACACUUCAGAAUUUGGUGGUGACAGAAUUGAAAUGGGUGCUACUUGGAUCCAUUGA